CGCGGCGGGGCCGGGCCGGCAGCACGAUUGGUGGGUGCCGCGCUCUGCUGUGUGGUGAGCCGGGGGGCGGCGGCACCUCCGCUUCCUCCCCGUGCAGGGGGCGGUCGUCGUUGAGGAGAGGGCUACGCUGUCGCUCUCUCGCGGCGCCCGAGAGCGGUGGGAAGGGCCGGGAGGAAGAGAGGAAGGAAGGAAGGACGGACGAACGAACGAACGAACGAACGUUUGGGAGGAAGGACGUGUGGAGAAGUAGCGAUUUCAUACACGCAAGGAAUCUGCUGUGAAGUCUGGGCAAAAUGGCAAGCCUGCUGCGUUUUGCUGUUAGUGGGUGCUCAACUCCUGUGUUUGGCAACGUGUUACCACCUAAGGUGCAUUCUGUAAAGAUGCCAUGUUUUCGAAUGUUUAGAACCCACCAGAUGCUCUUGUCUCAGACUGCACCGAAACCAGGAAUUCCUUAUAAACAGCUGACUGUAGGUGUCCCCAAGGAGAUAUUUGAGAAUGAGAAGAGAGUGGCUCUAUCACCGGCUGGAGUUCAAGCCUUGGUUAAACAAGGUUUCAACGUUGUGGUGGAAUCUGGUGCAGGAGAAGCUUCUAAGUUUUCCGAUGACCAUUACAGAGAAGUUGGAGCAAAGAUCCAGGGGACCAAGGAAGUCCUGGCUUCUGAUUUAGUUGUCAAAGUGAGGGCUCCUAUAUAUAACUCUGCUCUGGGCAUACAUGAGGCAGAUCUUUUUAAGACAGCGGCUACCCUGAUUAGUUUUAUCUACCCAGCACAGAAUCCAGACCUCCUGAAAAAACUUGCAGAAAAAAAGACUACUGUCUUGGCUAUGGAUCAGGUUCCUCGGGUCACCAUUGCUCAGGGAUAUGAUGCUCUUAGCUCCAUGGCCAACAUUGCUGGUUACAAGGCUGUGGUGCUGGCAGCAAAUCACUUCGGCCGGUUUUUCACGGGUCAGAUCACAGCUGCUGGUAAAGUUCCUCCAGCAAAGGUCUUGAUCAUUGGAGGAGGAGUUGCUGGCCUGGCUUCUGCAGGAGCAGCCAAAUCGAUGGGUGCAGUGGUUCGUGGAUUUGAUACUAGAGCGGCAGCUCUGGAACAGUUCAAGUCUCUUGGUGCUGAGCCUUUGGAAGUAGACAUAAAGGAGUCUGGAGAGGGACAAGGUGGUUAUGCUAAAGAAAUGUCCAAAGAAUUUAUUGAAGCUGAAAUGAAACUCUUUUCCAAGCAGUGCCAAGAUGUUGAUAUCAUUAUCACUACAGCACUUAUUCCAGGCAAAAAAGCUCCUAUCUUGUUUAAGAAAGAUAUGAUUGAAUCAAUGAAAGAAGGUUCAGUUGUUGUGGAUUUAGCUGCAGAAGCAGGGGGAAACAUUGAAACUACAAAGCCUGGAGAAAUGUAUGUUCAUAAGGGUGUUACACACAUUGGCUACACUGACCUGCCUAGCAGAAUGGCUACUCAGGCCAGUACUCUGUAUUCCAAUAACAUUAUCAAACUCCUAAAGGCUAUCAGUCCUGACAAAGAGAAUUUCUAUUUUGACCCAAAAGAUGAAUUUGAUUAUGGGACUUUGGAUCAUGUUAUUAGAGGAACUGUAGUAAUGAAGGAUGGCAAGGUGAUUUUCCCAGCACCUCCACCAAAUAAUAUUCCUCAAGGAGCCCCUGUGAAGCAGAAGACUGUAGCAGAGCUGGAAGCAGAAAAAGCAGCUACUGUUACACCUUUUAGAAAAACUAUGACUAGUGCGUCUGUAUACACAGCAGGUUUAUCAGGCACCUUAGGACUGGGUCUCAUAGCUCCAAAUACUGCUUUCACACAAAUGGUGACGACAUUUGGCCUAGCUGGAAUAGUGGGGUACCAUACAGUGUGGGGUGUGACUCCUGCUCUUCACUCUCCGCUGAUGUCAGUGACUAAUGCUAUCUCAGGACUUACUGCAGUUGGUGGGCUCGUAUUGAUGGGAGGAAACUAUCUCCCUGAAAACACUCCUCAAAGUCUAGCAAUGCUUUCAGCCUUUAUCUCUUCAGUCAAUAUUGCAGGUGGGUUUCUAGUUACACAGAGAAUGCUGGAUAUGUUCAAGCGUCCCACAGACCCUCCAGAGUACAACUACUUAUACCUGCUUCCUGGUGGUGUAUUUGUAGGAGGCUAUGCUGCUGCUCUCAGUGGUGGCUAUAAUAUUGAACAGAUGAUGUAUCUGGGCUCAGGCUUAUGCUGUGUUGGUGCCCUGGCUGGUCUGUCUACCCAAGGAACAGCUCGUCUUGGAAAUGCUUUGGGUAUGAUUGGUGUUGCAGGAGGUUUGGCAGCGACUCUUGGAAGCCUUAAACCAUCACCUGAAUUGUUGGCACAGAUGUCAGGAGCAAUGGCACUUGGUAGUACCAUAGGUCUGACAAUCGCUAAACGCAUCCAGAUUACAGAUCUGCCUCAGUUAGUGGCUGCUUUCCAUAGUUUGGUUGGCUUGGCUGCCGUGCUCACCUGUGUAGCAGAAUACAUGAUUGAGUAUCCUCACUUUGCUACUGAUCCAGCCGCAAACCUCACCAAGAUUGUGGCAUAUCUUGGCACUUACAUUGGUGGAGUGACUUUCAGUGGCUCUCUUGUUGCUUAUGGAAAAUUGCAAGGUAUCCUAAAUUCUGCACCACUGCUCUUGCCUGGUCGACAUGUACUGAAUGCUGGAUUGCUGGCCACCAGUGUUGGUGGAAUGAUUCCGUACAUGAUUGAUCCUAGUUACACUACAGGAAUUACUUGCUUAGGUUCUGUGUCAGCUCUCUCAGCCAUAAUGGGUGUCACUUUAACAGCAGCUAUUGGAGGUGCUGACAUGCCUGUUGUUAUUACUGUCCUGAACAGUUACUCUGGAUGGGCUUUGUGUGCUGAGGGGUUCCUACUGAACAACAACUUGCUCACCAUUGUUGGUGCACUCAUUGGCUCCUCUGGGGCCAUUCUCUCUUACAUCAUGUGUGUGGCUAUGAACCGUUCCCUUGCAAAUGUGAUUCUGGGGGGCUAUGGCACCACAUCAACAGCUGGUGGGAAGCCAAUGGAAAUUACUGGAACCCACACUGAAAUCAACGUGGACAAUGCAAUUGAAAUGAUAAAGGAAGCCAAUAAUAUUAUUAUCACUCCAGGUUAUGGUUUGUGUGCAGCAAAAGCUCAGUACCCCAUAGCUGAUCUGGUGAAGAUGCUGAGAGAACAAGGGAAAAAUGUCAGGUUUGGCAUUCACCCUGUGGCUGGCCGUAUGCCUGGUCAACUGAAUGUACUCCUAGCAGAGGCUGGUGUUCCCUAUGAUAUUGUGCUGGAAAUGGAUGAGAUCAAUGAAGAUUUCCCAGAAACUGACCUGGUCCUUGUAAUUGGUGCAAAUGAUACAGUUAAUUCAGCAGCUCAGGAAGAUCCAAACUCUAUCAUAGCUGGCAUGCCAGUUCUUGAGGUCUGGAAGUCCAAACAGGUCAUUGUAAUGAAGAGAUCUUUGGGAGUCGGUUAUGCGGCGGUGGACAAUCCAAUCUUCUACAAACCCAAUACUGCCAUGUUGUUGGGAGAUGCUAAGAAGACUUGUGAUGCCCUGCAGGCCAAAGUCAGGGAAUCAUAUCAAAGCUAAAUAUCGAUUUAUAUUCCACUUGUGAUUACAACUACAGUUUUGUCACAGAGGUCAUGGAAAACAAGAAUUAGAAGAAUCUAUUACUGUCAUAAUGCAACUGUCAUUUGAAGGAGACUGCAUUGACUCCUAGGAGACGUAGUUCAAUGAAGGGAUGUAGCCUCUUAAGAAAAGAUGAGCAUGUUAACCCUUCAGACUAAAUCUCCUAUGAGACAAUGCAUUAAAGAACAAAAAUGUGGUUUUUAAGGUUAACAAUGAGCUUUUGGAAGCAGGAACUAAUAACUUGUGGUCAACUUUAAGUAGUUACUGGCUUCCUCCUCCUUGCUGUCUGUACUAUCAUAGAAAUUGACUAAAAAACACUGUGUCAAAAUUGUAUCCUGUCUUAUCAUCAAAGCUGUUCUCCGGCCAAUAUGGACAAAACAGCUAUUUAUUUCAUCAAAACUUAAAGCAAAAUUACAAACAGAUGCAAGCAGAUACAAAUAGAUGCUUACACAAUUCAAGGUUCUGAACAUAAUGUUCUCUUUCUUUUGGGGAUUAUAUGGAUGCUGUGAAACAGGAACAUUUUAGGAAAGUUACUUUCCUUUAAAAUACAGUUCCACUUUUCGUAGUGUCCACUCCUAUUGUGCGAAACGAAACACAGGAUUUCAGGGACCUACCAAGUAAUGUGUGACCUACUCUAGAUGUCCUGCUCUGGUGGGGAGGGCUGGACUACGUGAUCUCCAAAGUCCCUUCCAACCCUUAAAAUUCUUAAGAUUCAAGGUUGACAAGGAAAUGUACACUUACUUGCACUGCUUAGCUGUUUUGAGCAGCUGCUAAAUUCUCUGUCUCUUCCAGUCGUUGCCUUCUUAAAUGUCUGAGGAAAAAUAUGGUCCAGUUGUGUUCAAGCAGCUUGCAUACCUGUUUUGUUCACAGAAAACACCACAGUGUUUAAGGUUAUGUUCAUUUGAACUUUUAAUUGUAUUUGCUACUUUUAAAAUUAGUGCUACUUUCUCAAUUAACAUUUUUAUGAUGCUGGAAAAGGCGCUUUUGAACGUAUUUAAGAUGCUGGAAUUUAUUAGAAUUAUUCUAAAUGAAUAAGCUAUUGUUUGGACAGCACACAAACAUACCAAGCUUAAAACACAGCGUUUUGAUUAUUUAACUUCUCUCUAAUCUAAUUAAAAACACUGUUAAAUUCCCAUUAUAAGUUCAGCAAAGAAUUAAAUUUAAUUGUGACAUUGAUUGCUGUUUUGUUUUAAUUAAGUGUACUUGAGUGGAACUCAAAUAUCUGCCCAACAAAAGGAAUUUAUCAUGUUUCCAUAAGAAUGUAGCAACUGUCCAUGGUGACGAAGGCUAAAUAGAAAUAGCUGUACUGUGUUAGAAAGCAUUCAUAUCUGGGGAUGAUGAAUUAUUGUGAAGUCAGUCUUGAAAUUAAUCCAUCUUGAUUGAUAGAACAAACAUUUUUUUAUUACACCAUGUAUAGAGACCUCAUAUGAAAUAUAGUAUUUCUACUUAGCUACCUCUGUUUUUAUGUGAAGAUCACUUAAAACACAGACUUUGACUGGGAAAUGCAUCAAGAAAUGUAACAAUGUAUAAAUGAAGCUACCCUUUUUACACAUCUUUUGCAUAAUUUGGAAUAUCACAUAAGCAUUAAUACGGUGUAGACUGCAGGAGAGGACUUGUAAUUGAAUUUCAAUUUAAAACAUUGUGGCAGCUAUAUUUGAAUGUAGCAUGUUUGGCCUCUUAAUUUCAUAGUAUUCAACUUUUCUUUUAGGCCUACAAGAAAAUAGGAGGGAAAUGGAGAAGGGGAAAGACAAAGAAAUAAUCCUCCAUCUGUUUUCCCUCCCAACUAGGCAAAAAGGUGGUUUGAAGGGAUUUAACAUCCUAAAGUAUGAAAUUUUUGUUUUGUCAAAUGUGGAGUAUCUGACUGCAGUACGCAACAUAUCUAUGCUUAGAAGUGGCUAAUAUAAAACUUCUCUUAAAAAAAACAAACCAAACAAACAAAGGUGUUGGGGAUGACACUUUUUGGUUUUUUUCUGUAGUAUUUUGAAAGAAGCUCGUGCUGUUAUAUUGUAUCAGAGGUACCAGUGUUACUUUUAAAACUGUGCUUUGCCAUGGAACACACAAGUAGCUGCUGAAGUGCUAAUAAAAAAAGUAAUUUUUUUUUUCUUUA